UCCGAGACAAAUAUCAUCAAUUCCCUCUGGACCCUGUAUACCUGCAGGCACACAGAGAUCAGACGAGGUUGUCUGGAACUGUGGCGCUGUGGAACAGCUCAUAUAAGAUCUUUGAUUUCAUAGUCUUUUAUGGAAUAGUACAUCGUGAUUCGUUGAGUUUAGUUCUCCAUAUCCUGCUCCUGGCGACUGGGUCGGUUAAAAACGGGACAUAUACCACGGGCACCUCUGGUUGAAAUUUGCAAGACAGGGAAACUGACCUCAACGCCGUGCCUUGUUGGGCCGACGCAAACUGUCCAGCUGCGCGGGACUCGUGCGUAAUGAGUUUAGGGGAAACGCGUGCGGGGAAGCAGUGUGAGCUUGGAGAGGGGGCACGAGGGAGUCGAACCAAGCGGAGAGCGGACACCACUGUAGUUUGACGAGCAAACCUAUUCCAGGGAACUAAAACAACCAGCAAGCCUUCAAACACACCUCCCCCUCCCUUUGAACUCUCUCUCUCUCUCUCUCCCUGUCUCUCUCUCUCUCACACACACACACACACAUACACGCAGAGAAAAAAAUGUUUCUCUACCCAGAAAUCUACAGUAAUCUGAAUUUCUCGCGACUAUGGAAAAGACAACACCACGGGAAGACUGAGACGUAAACAGGGUGUUGUGUGAACAAUAUUCAAACUAACCACAUAUUGCAACAAAAUAUUCUCUCUGAGUUACAUUCGGCAAGCUUGAGGGUACGUCUUCUCUCGAAUAAGGAUCGCACGGACCUCGGCUUUCUUCUGUAUCAAGGAAAAUAAGGAUGAUGGAGUUCCUAAACAAAUCAGGCUUCGUCGACUUCAGACACUUUCAGCUGUACAACGAGUCGCUGUUUCAUGACAACUUCACUCAUUCAAAUGAGACUGAGGAGAAUUUCCUCCCCAGUGGUUUGAAGAUCACCAUCGUAAUGGUGUACAUGAUUGUCUGCGUGGUGGGGCUGGUGGGGAACUGCCUGGUCAUGUACGUGAUUGUCAGGUACACAAAAAUGAAGACUGCGACCAACAUCUACAUCUUCAACCUGGCCCUGGCUGACGCGUUAGUGCUGGCCACCUUACCCUUCCAGGGCACCGACGUCUACCUGGGCUUCUGGCCUUUCGGGAAUGCCCUGUGCAAGGCGGUGAUCUCCAUCGACUACUACAACAUGUUCACCAGCGUCUUCACGCUGACCGUCAUGAGCAUGGACCGCUACGUGGCAGUGUGCCACCCCGUGAAGGCUCUGGACAUGCGGACGCCCCACAAGGCUAAGCUGGUCAACAUCGGCGUAUGGGUGAUGGCCUCAGCGUUUGGAGUCCCGGCGAUGGUCAUGGGCGAUAUGGAUCUGGAGGAAGGCAUCGAGUGCAUCAUCGCACUUCCCGACCCACGCAGCUACUGGGACCCGGUGUUUGGCACGUGCGUGUUCCUCUUCUCCUUCCUGAUCCCCGUGGCCAUCAUCAGCGUGUGCUACAGCCUGAUGGUGAAGCGUCUGCGCAGCGUGCGCAUCCUGUCCGGCUCCAAGGAGAAGGACCGCAACCUGCGGCGCAUCACGCGCAUGGUUCUGGUGGUGGUGGCCGUGUUCGUGGUGUGCUGGACGCCGGUGCAGAUCAUGGCGCUGGCCAAGACGCUGGGCUUCAACCUGCACAGCCUGCUGACGGUGGUGCUCAUGCACUUCUGCAUUGCGCUGGGCUACGUCAACAGCAGCCUCAACCCGGUGCUCUACGCCUUCCUGGACGAGAACUUCAAGCGCUGCUUCGGCGAGUUCUGCUACCCGUCGCCGUUCCGCCUGGACGGCCAGCAGUCGGGCCGCAUGCGCAGCAUCGCCCGCGAGGUGGCCUACAACUGCAAGACGGUGGACGGCCACACGAACCCCGCAUGACUAGGCGUGGAACUGCCCCUGGUGGGCGCCGAGCCCAUGGCCAAUCAGGGGACAGGUUGCUCCAACAGCGAGCUGACGCAGAUCACCACCCUCUAGCGACGAGGCAGCCCCUGCGAUGCCAGGGGCCAGGGGCAAGGUCAGUGCCAGGCAUGACCUACGAUUCUCUCGGGACAAAGGGGCUCUCCUCUCAGUGUCUUACUCACGUACUUAUUCUGUGUCCUCAUCCUCCGCUUCGUCUUCUCAGUUUCUCAUCGUCUUUAGGCUUCAGUGCUUUGUACAUAUUACUGUUUCUGCUAUCUGGUUUGGUUUGUCAUUUUCUGUUACGCAUUACAUUUCAAAUGAUCAGUUUAGUACCUGAGAGGAACAAACAGACUGACCUACACAGCCUUAAAUAUUGCACAAUGUCUGUCUAAGCUAAAUGUGUGAAGUCUGCAGCUUCACUGUAUGUUUUAUCUAUUAACUUAUUUAUUUAUUGUACUGAUGCAGCCUCUCGGGUUCAAUUCAGUUUAAUGCAGACAUGGGCUGACAUGGAACAAAAAUCUAAAAAAGAAAACAAAACACCUGAGACUUAACUGUUUAAGCCUGAUUUCUACAGAGGUAAAAAAAAAAAAAAGCUAAAGCUAAUUUCUAUAUUUUUUUCUGAUAAAAAAAACAAAAAGGAAAAAAAGAAUGAAAUCAAAGAUAUUUUAUAUUGCAUAGUGUUUUGUAGCUCAAUAUUAGGACAAGUUGAUUAAACAGGACAAGUAUUGCAGAUCUGUCUUCUUUCUGUGGUGUUCUAUUGAUAUAUGCAUACCUUGUACUCCUGUAUGUAUGGGUGUAAGUAUUGUUGAAGUCAUCAGAAUCACAUUACCUCUUGGAUCUAUCUCGAAUGUCUUUUUCUUCUGUGUACAGUAUGUCGCCUCCCAGCACCUGAUGGAGACCUUCCCUCCUUUAUCUUUUUCUUUCCUGGGAGGGUUCUCAGAAGGGUGUUUAUUGCCAGACCGCUGAAUGUCUUCAAACUGUUGAUGAAGCCAAAUCUCGCCAAAAAAAUUAAAAAUCACAAAGUGAAAAAAAUGUGCGAAAUAGUGUAAACAUACUUGUAACUGCUGUAAACUGUAAUUGAUAUCGUAACAUGAAAUGUUUACUUGUGCACUUGCUGCAUUUUUGAUUAGCUAUUUAUGAAUAUAUACAUAUAUAUUUAUUCGCGAUGGAAAGGACCAGUUGUGUGUCAGACAGUCAGUGAUUGCUGAGGCUUUUAAUAUUUCGAAUCAUAUAUAUUUUUCUCUGCAUAUGAAAUAAAUUGCAGUGAUUAAAAAGGCA